GCAUAAACAGAAGAGCUGAAAUAUGAAAAGCAGAAGUGCCCCCCGAGGCGCCAAAGUGUCACCCAAAUGGAUCAUCGUUUUCACAGCUCUCGGUUUCGCCUUCGGCAUGCUUUUCUCUAACACUUACAGAUUUCUGGGUCCUCUUGAAUCGGACGACCGGAUCAUUUUCGGACGGCGGUAUAAACAACAAGAACAGGUGACUGGCGAGAAUAUUAAUGAGAGUGGGGUUGGACAAAUCAACAAAGCUCAUGAAGCUAUUGAUAGAUCAUUAGACAAUUCAGUUGCUAAAAUUAGCAUAGAGCUGCCUUUGAUCAAGAGUUCUGACAGUGUGGAGAAAUCUGAAACCCGUUCUGAGGAAACCGAGAAGAGGAAGAAAGUGUUUAUGGUUAUUGGAAUAAACACUGCCUUCAGUAGCAGAAAGAGGCGUGAUUCCGUGAGGGAAACAUGGAUGCCUCAAGGUGAAAAAUUGCGUAAAUUAGAAGAUGAGAAGGGGAUUGUUGUCCGCUUCAUGAUAGGCCACAGUGCGACAUCCAAUAGCAUUUUAGAUAGAGCAAUUGACAUGGAAGAUGCUCAACACAACGACAUUCUCAGACUUAACCACAUAGAAGGGUAUCAUGAGUUGUCUGCAAAGACAAAAUCUUUCUUCUCCACUGCUGUUGCGAAAUGGGAUGCUGAGUUUUAUGUCAAGGUUGACGAUGAUGUCCAUGUCAACUUGGGUACACUAGCUGCAACUCUUGCCAGGCAUCGAUUGAAGCCCAGGGUAUAUAUUGGAUGUAUGAAAUCUGGACCAGUUCUUUACAAAAAGGACGUUAAGUACCACGAACCUGAAUUUUGGAAAUUUGGAGAGACUGGAAAUAAUUACUUCCGGCAUGCAACUGGGCAGAUAUACGCUAUUUCAAAGGAGCUGGCAACAUACGUCUCUACCAACAAGGAUGUUUUACACAAGUUUGCUAACGAAGAUGUAUCACUGGGUGCAUGGCUACUUGGUCUAGAAGUCGAACACAUUGAUGAUCGCAACAUGUGCUGUGGAACUCCACAUGACUGCGAAUGGAAGUUACAGGCGGGGAAUGCUUGCGUGGCAUCAUUCGAUUGGAGCUGCAGUGGAAUCUGCAAAUCAGUACAGAGAAUGAAGGGUGUUCAUGAGAGGUGUGGUGAAGGUGCUGCUACGCUCUGGAGUGCUCUCUUGUGAUAAUAACACUGUAAAAGAGGAGAAAAUCACAAUGCUUUUGGAAAUAGUGGUAGUUUUGGGACUCAAAAUUUUAGCUGCUGCAGUUUUGAUGUAAGAAACCAGUAUGCAUACCUUUCUUAGCCUUUUGGCUAAGAUGAUGUGUAGUAUCUGUUAUUAUCAUUUAGUUUAAUAUACUUAAUACCAUGAGCUAGUAGUUUGCAUGA